AUGGACAAAUGCGCACUCAAACAAUCUUUUCAAUCAAAAUCUCUCAGAUAUUUCAUUUGUUAUUCUCCUUCUCCCGUUGAAGAAUCAGCAAUAUGGCAACAAGAAAAUCUCAGAUUAACGGAGGAAAUACUCGGAAAAUUUCAGUUACAGAUCGUCUCAGAAAUCUGUCAGUACGUGGAAGUGUUGAUUUUGGACAUACUGAAAAGGUAA